UAUGGAUUACAAUCGAAACGAUAUCAUCACUCAAGAGCUAAAAGCAAAGUUUGAUCUAGAUGUUCAGUACUUCAUUUAAACUACUUAAUAGAAUUAAAGACCCAUAAUCACGUCUCUUUCUUAAAGGAUAUUUUAAAUCAGAUUCUGAAAUACAUUCUUCCCGAUUUGAUAAAGAUGACAUUAUGUUAGCUCUGGGAUGCUCUAAUGGAUUAGUCUGUGUUUAUGAUCUCACCAGAAGUAUUAAUAUAUACAAUCUAAGGUGAAAAGACAGCAUUUUAUACAUAUCUCAGUUCUAAAUCAAAUAUGAAAUUGCCAUGCACUUCUCUUAGGUUUAAUAUUCAACUAUAAAUAGAUGGUUUUCAAGUGAAAAAUCUACCAAAAUGAGACAAGUCUUGAUUUCAGCAAAUACUGAUGGUAUAAAGAUAUAUCUAAAUUAGGUACCAUAAUGUAUAAAAAUGUGAGAACUGAUUCUACUAUCUAUUAAUUUAAAGAAGAAGAUGACAAUGAAGUGUAUUGCAUAGAUGCUUUAAAAAACUAAUUAGCAACUUGUGGAAAGGAUUGUAAAGUAAUGGGCAUUUUUGUAAUUUUAGGUUAGAGUGUAUGAUAUUGAGGCAUAAACAUUAUAAGCCACUUUAGAAGCCAUAUAAUGGGUUUAACCUGGCCAUAAUAAUAGAUUAUUCAGUGUUAAAAUUGUACCUUAUGAUAAAAAUUUAGUUAUCAGUGGAGGUUGGGACUAGAAUAUAGUUAUAUGGGUAGUUUUGUAAAUGAUAUUAAAAGGAUUUGAGACAAAAAUCCUAGGCUGGAUGUAUAGUAGGUCCAAAAAUUGCAGGUGAUGCCAUCGAUAUUAGAGAAGGUACAAUAUUAACAGGGGCAAACAGAAUGAGUGAACAAUUAUAAAUAUGGGAUUUGGGUACUAUGAAAUUGAUUGAAAAUAUAAAAUGGGAUGAGAAAGUAGAUGCAGCUGGGGCAUUUAUAUAUGGAUCUUAAUUUGGAAAAGGAAGAGGAUAUUGUGUAGGAGGUGUUGCUCAUGGAACAAAUGAAUUUAAAAUGUUUGAUAGAAUAAAGGGAUCUUAUAAGGAAGCCAUGUAAUUAGGUGGAUUUAAAAAAGGUUUUUAUUUGUUAUAAUAAAAUUCAGGACUAUAUACAAUGGAUUUUGCAAAUACAUCAAAUAAGUGUGUAAUUGGAGGAGGAGAUGGUAUAUGCUUGAUGUUAGCAAUUGUUCCUAAUAAGGAUCAAUGAC